CUCUGACUACAGCUCCACCCACAGACUCCGAACUCUCGGCGACCGAGCUCAGAGACAUGGAGAGUGUAGCCGAUGUGGUGUGCAUGAAUCCCCGCGCCUUCGCCUACAAGGAGCUGAAGGAGGAGCAGCCGGUGCCGGUGCCGCUGCCGGUGCUGGUGCCGGCCGUAGUGCCUGUUCUGGUCGCCCCGGUCCGCGACCACUUGCCCUGGUCCAUGUUCAACCUGGCCUACAUGAACUGCUGCUGCAUGGGCUUGAUCGCUACCAUCUACUCGGUCAAAUCUAGAGAUCGUAAAUUCCUGGGCGAUGUAGAAGGAGGUCUCCAUUAUGGAUCGACAGCACGAUCAUUCAACAUUGCAGCCACAACGCUGAGCAUUCUAUUCUUCCUAAUCAUGAUCGUGUAUGUAUUUGUUGCAAAUUUAUCUCUGUGAUCGUCCAAGAAGAGCAACAGGAGCUUCACAAUAACUUGUGGAGUGAAGAGAUAGUCACAUUGGCCAUGGAGGCGAUGCCUUUGUGAUGGAUAUGUGUUUGAUGUGGAGGGGCUGUGUCCUUCUGUCUGUAAUCUUGAUGUUUGCUUGGUGUUGCUGAGAGGCAGUUAUUCAAUAAAAUGCAGACAUUGAGCUAUUAAUAACAA